AUGAGUACAAUGGACGUAAAGUUCAAGGCUUAUACUGAACAAUCUUCCAAGAAGCUCAACAUUGCACAUGAGCAGACCUUGACUGGGGAGCUUAUGGCUCAAACAAAGGUUGCGCAGUUAGCACGUGACGCAGGCCUGGAGGUUGGCGACAAACUCCUCAAGCGACUUGCAGAGAAAGCACUUAGAUAUUUUGAGCAAGAGAUCAUUGAUAUGGAGGAGGUAGAGAAGGAAGAGCGUGUCAACUUGGCAAAGAAGAAAGCAUCCACACCGCUUCCAAAGAAAACUUGA